AUGGGACAUCACUCGUGCUGCAGCAAGCAGAAGGUGAGGAGGGGGCUGUGGUCUCCGGAGGAAGACGAGAAGCUGAUAAAGUACGUCUCCACACACGGCCACGGUUGCUGGAGCUCCGUCCCGAAGCUCGCCGGUGCAACUCAUAAUCUCCGCAACCUCCUACAUUUUGCUUGUUUCUUUCCUUAAUAUCCCUGCCUUCUGAUGGUCUCGACGACUCGGCCCGGAUAUAAUUCCGGCUUCUCCUUGGGACUUGGAAAUUGUUUUCCCUCUCGUCUCCGAGACGGUAGCAGGCCUUCAAAGAUGUGGGAAGAGCUGCCGGCUGAGAUGGAUCAACUACCUCAGGCCAGACCUGAAACGGGGAAACUUCUCGCAUCAGGAGGAGUCCCUCAUCAUCGAGCUUCACAGGCUUCUUGGGAACAGGCGAGUCUUCACCCACCCCUUCACGCUACUGAUGGUGGCUGUCGGUCGUCCUCACCUUCUUCUCAUUUUCCUUCUUCUACGCAGAUGGGCUCAGAUAGCGAAGCACCUCCCGGGGAGAACUGACAACGAGGUGAAGAACUUCUGGAACUCCACCAUCAAGAAGAAGCUCAUAUCUCGUGCCUUCGAUGUCCUCGAUUUCCCUUCCAUGGCCAACCCAGUUCCCAUUGUCGGGGAGCUCCAUAAUGUCGACGCCUACCCUGGUGAGCUGGUCGGUGCCGCCCAAGAGGGGUUCGUCUACCUUCCUCAGACCGAUGGGAGCCAAAUGGAGAUCAAACUGGACCUUCCAAGCCAUGCCGUUGACUUUGGCACCUGCCCAUCCUUCCUGCAACAUCAGGCCUCUUCAUACGACUGGCCCUUCCCAAAUCAGCCCACGGACGCAGUGAACUGUCAGGAAGUAAACGCCAGUAUCGCCAUUCUCGAGAACUCACGAUCGAAAUUCUCCAACGGCAGGCUCACGACCUCCCUCGGGGGGGGCGUUGUCAACGGCGUAGAAGAGGCUGAAGAGAAUUAUCGCCUUCCUCCGUGCUUCACCAACCUAGGUCAACCAUACGAUCUCCAGAAACACCCCGAUCAGACGGUGAAUAAUGUCGAAGAACUCCUAGGAUCAGCGUCCUCAUCGCCUCCUCCAGCUGCGCCGCUAUCUUAUGCCAGCUUCCAUGGCAGUCCCUGUAGCGUCAUGUGGUGA